UCGAGGUUCAGUCGCCCAGGUGCUUCAAAAAUCCGGCACCCGCUCUCUCCUCCUCCUUUCCCACCUUCGUCGGCCUCUUUUGAUUCCAUGAAGCUUGAUUUCUAUCAAGAAAGCUAGAGCCCACAAAGGCAUGCCCGCCAAGGCCUUUGCUUCAAAGCGGCUUGGCUUCAACCUCAGUUCAAUCCCUUGUAAGUCUUCUCCCCAUUUCUUGAUUCAUUGCCCCUUUUCAGCUCUCCCAAACCCACUUUCUGAAACUGAAGGAUCCCGCGAAAAAGAUGAUCUUUCCAUUGAUUCCCCCAAUGCUUGCAAAGUUUUUAAGCCACCCCAGAAAGUUACAGGUGAAUUUAGAGUUGAGCAGCCCCCAAUUUCUCAUAAGCUGUUUAAAUAUGCUCAGAAAUCGGGUUCUUAUAAAAGGGGUGAUUCCACAUUCUAUUCGCUUAUCGAGAACUAUGCUAAAAAUGGGGACUUUAAGUCUUUGGAAAUGGUUUUUGGUAGAAUGAAAAGUGAAAGGAGAGCUUUUGUAGAGAAGAAUUUUAUAGUAGUUUUUAGGGCUUAUGGAAACGCCCAUUUGCCGGAAAAGGCGCUAGAGUUGUUUGAUAGAAUGGUGGAUGAGUUUCACUGUAAAAGAACUGUAAAGUCUUUUAAUUCUGUUCUCAACGUAAUAAUUCAAGAGGGUUUAUAUUAUCGUGCAUUGGAUUUUCAUUCUUAUGUUAUUAAUAAGAAGGGUAUUAGGCCGAAUGUUUUGACUUUUAAUUUAGUUAUUAAAGCAAUGUGUAAGGCAGGGUUGGUCGAUAGAGGAGUGGAGACAUUUAGGGAAAUGCCAUCUUGGAAAUGUGAACCGGAUGUUUUUACUUAUUGUACUUUGAUGGAUGGGUUGUGCAAGGAAGAUAGGAUUGAUGAGUCGGUGGCAUUGUUGGAUGAGAUGCAAAUAGAGGGUUGUUUUCCGAAUCCAGCAACAUUUAAUGUGUUGAUCAAUGGGCUUUGUAAAAAAGGUGACUUGGCUCGAGCAGCAAAGCUUGUGGAAAAUAUGUUUCUUAAAGGUUGUAUUCCAAAUGAAGUUACUUAUAAUACUCUUAUACAUGGUUUAUGCCUUCAAGGGAAAUUGGAUAAGGCAAUUAGUUUGUUGGGUAGGAUGGUAGCAAAUAAAUAUGUUCCCAAUGAUGUUACAUAUGGGACUAUUAUCAAUGGCCUUGUUAAGAAAGGAAGAGCUGUUGAUGGUGCAGACGUCCUGAUGGCCAUGGAGGAAAGGGGGCAGCAGGGAAAUGAUUACAUUUACUCAACACUUAUUUGUGGGUUGUUCAAGGAGGGGAAAUCUGUAGAGGCACUGAAUAUGUGGAAGCAAAUGAUGGAAAAAGGAUGGAAACCGAAUACAGUUGUUUAUAGUGUUCUUAUAGAUGGUUUAUGUAAGGAAGGAAAACCUUUUGAAGCUAAGGAAGUUCUUUCUCAGAUGGUUAAUAUAGGUUGUGAACCAAAUGCAUAUACCUAUAGCUCCUUGAUGAAGGGAUUUUUCAAAAAUGGCAAAAGUGAUAUGGCAAUUCUAGUAUGGAAAGAAAUGAGAGAGAGAAAUUGCCCCUAUAAUGGAGUUUGCUACAGCGUACUUAUUCAUGGACUCUGUGAGGAUGGGAAGCUGAAGGAGGCAAUGAUGUGGGGGCAGAUGUUGGGUAAAGGAUACAACCCUGAUGUGGUCGCUUAUACCUCAAUUAUAUAUGGCCUGUGCAACAAUGGUUCAGUAGAGCAGGGCUUGAAACUUUUUAACGAGAUGCUUUGUAAGCAUUCUGAUUCUCAACCUGACAUAAUCACUUAUAACAUACUUCUUACUGCUUUGUGCAAGCAAGAUAGGAUUACCCGUGCCAUUGAUCUCCUGAAUAAUAUGUUAGAUAGAGGAUGUGAUCCUGACACUGUGACAUGUAACAUUAUUUUGACAAUUGUAAAGGAGAAAAUAAAUCCAUCUCAGGAUGUGACAGAAUUUUUGGAUGAGCUAGUUUUACGGCUGUACAAGCGACAAAGAAUUGCUGGAGCAUCCAAAGUCAUUGAAGUGAUGCUUCAAAAGUAUCUUCAUCCCAAAGCAUGCAAUUGGGAACUUAUUAUUCAAGAGUUGUGCAAGCCAAAGAAGAUUCAUGCAGCCAUCAACAAGUGUUGGAAUAACUUGUUUGGCUGAUCUGAGGGGGGUUAUUCAGUUGGCCGAUGGUCUAAAGCUUCUGGGCUGUGUGAGAGACUUUUGUGAAAACACUCUCCUGUGUUUCAGAGUAUGCCAUAUGCCUCCAAGCUGAAGAUUAUGGAGAUAAGAGGUUGUUCAAGAGAAAUUUGCAGGCCUUGUAUUUUCCUGGUGAAGAUUCCUGAUUUGAGCUUGGUUUUUGGCUGGGAUUAUGGCUAGUACUAAAAGCCAUACAGAAGGAGGAAAGGACUUAUAAGAUGCAACCAAAAUCCAGUGAAGAAUAAAUUCUUUGUGAAUGAUCAAAGAAUCCCUGCUGAAAAAGUGCAUAAUUUCUACUGGCAUGAGGAGGGAGAUGAGGCAUGCAACGGUUCUCCUCGAUUUUGUUGAAGGUAUUAGAACAUCAGAAGGAAAGGAAAGGACUUAUAAGAUGCAACCAAAAUCCGGUGAAGAAUAAAUUCUUUGUGGAUGAUCAAAGAAUCCCUGCUGAAAAAGUGCAUAAUUUCUACUGGCAUGAGGAGGGAGAUGAGGCAUGCAACGGUUCUCCUCGAUUUUGUUGAAGGUAUUAGAACAUCAGAAGGAAAGGAAAGGACUUAUAAGAUGCAACCAAAAUCCGGUGAAGAAUAAAUUCUUUGUGAAUGAUCAAAGAAUCCCUGCUGAAAAAGUGCAUAAUUUCUACUGGCAUGAGGAUGGAGAUGAGGCAUGCAACGGUUCUUAUUGAUUUUUUGAAGGUAUUAGAACAUCAGAAAUCGCCUAUAUUGGUAAUAAUUGUAUUGCUCCCUCUAACAAAUUGAGUACGACCACCCACCCCGGCGUUAUGAACCGAAGAAGAAGAGGGAAAAUUAGAUAAGAGAGACGAGCUUGUUAGUCACUGUUUGAAAUAUUAUGUACUUCCUAGUUCAGUAGCGCUCGGGAUCCUGAAGGAUGCUUUUAUGGUGGGCACAGAGUUACUGUCCCUUUGAGGGCAUUAACAAGUAAAAGAAUAUUUCUUAUUCUUCGGAGCAACUGUAGCAUAUCUCAUAAUGGGAAACCGAAGACAAAAGGGCCAGAGGUGUAUCAUGCGGAGGAUGCUGAUUGUUUUGUAUACUAUUGCAGAGAACAAGGCCUCUUGAAUUUGCCUAAUACAUCCUUGAAGUGCCUUAAUUUCGUCAACCUCAUUGCAACCUUGCUGAGGUGGAACCAAGAAGUUCAGGCAAAUCUUAGUGAAGUUUCUUCGUAUUGAUUUUGGCAGAUGUACAUUUUCUAAAAGCUAACUUUGUAUUAGAAUAUUUAGGGAGCUGAUUAUGAAAUUACAGCUGUAGUGUGGUCAUUUAUGGCCUAGAAUUUCAGAAACUUUGUUGAAGCUCAACCUCCCACAAAGGAUGAGCUCUUGUAGUAAGAAAGCUAAGGUCAGAACAAGGCUGAACCAGAAUAUAAAGCAAUUGUGCUCUCUUUCUCCCUCUUUGCACGAGUUCAAAUAUGAGAUACUCGGUUCGAUUCAA